UUAAUUUCAAGAUUUCAUAAACUAUACUCAGAUCCUAGAUUUCUAAACUCACGAGGAUGUCUUCAAUAGACAGGGGUAGAUCUAUGUGCUGAACAAAGGUGCUUAAAUUGGGCUCAAUUGGAUCACUAAUAUUAUGGCAUUCCCAUGGCUGAGAAAAAAUAAGAUGUGAUGACGUGGUUUAGUCUGAUGCAGUCCGUAGAAAACAAAGAAAAAUAGUAGUUUGUUUCAAUUUAUGAUGUGGUCCUCUCAUGAUGGAUUCUUCGGGUCUUUGCAAGAGUCUGUUAUCUGAUGAACAAUUAUUUCUGCGUCUAGGGGGAACACAUUCUCGCUAGAUAUACACAUCUGGAACAACUACUUAUGACCUCAAAAGAAAACAAGGUAUAGUCUGGAUGAUUUCUAAUGCUGUAGAAUAAGUCAAAACAUCGAGCAACUGCCACUCUCACUACACCUCACUACAGAAACACACCGUAACAUUGGAAGGCGAUAAAACUGAGUCCAACAUCAAAGGCGAGAUAAGAAAGAAAACCUUACUUUUGUGACUUACAAUGUGAAAUCCGACCCGACAAGAAAAAGUGGGAUAAAGAUUUUGCACGUUGGAACCAAAUUAAAUGGUUUGAAUAUCAGCUAACAAGACGUUCUAGGAUACCAAGUUACUAACAACACUGCUUGACGUUUGUGGUCUAAUUGUACCAGAAUAUAUAUAAAACAUCGCCUACACCGAGCCUACAACACAGAGAAGCGCUAUUGAGAUUCCUAGAGCUGAAGGCUAUCAAGUAGCACUUGACGAAAUCAACUUUCGGAGGCGAUGACGGAUGGAAUGAAUUUAAUUAGAGCAUUAGGGUUACAUAUAAGAUUCUAUUUGAGGGUCCUUAUUAACUAGAGUACUUUUCCGAGUAACUAUAAUUUACGGAUAUCAAGCAAACAGGAGCGAGCCGACUCUCUGCGUUUAGUAUAUUAAAGUGGAUUCAGGCCGGGCGAUUGGGUUUAUUUUGAAAUACCGAGUUCAAGGUCUAGCAAACAUUGAUCCAGAGUCUGUUGCACAAGGAUAUAUAUAUUGCUAUAUAGACGUUACAUUUGAUUAUAUUUGUUGAUAGAGAUACCCAUAGGAUAAUCUAUCAGAUGUAACAUUUUCCACGUGCUGGAACAAAGGAGAGUUUGAGAGAACUUGAAAAUAUAGAGAUCAACCAUACUAACGUUUGUGAAUGGUACAAUAUGCACUCGUUUAAGAACUCAUAACAGAAGGGAGCAAUCAUUCAUAACUUGGAGCAUUCUCUGUUAUGUCUUAUGUUGCGCGGAAAUCGACCAUUUCCAACUGUUCCGCUGUGAAUCUACGAACGAAAGUAAACAAUCGUGCUCCAUUUGCUGUAAAAUAGAAAUGGCACGAUAGAAAUGGAGCAAUAAAGCCUAAAAGCAGACAGAAAAUAAAUUUUCUACCUAAAGCUCUGCUUCUAAAUACUUAGCUUUGACAUCUUGAGGUAAACCCAGACAUCUGGUUGUAAAAGGGCGAAUCAUCGGUUUAAAAGAUUUAGAACUUCCUCUGAAUAUAUGCAUUGGAAACUUGAGAUAAUCGAGAUCUGAAGUGUCAGUGCUGUAAAAAUAGCACCAGAUUUCUUGAACUACACGACCUGGUGUGGCAGGUCUGCAAAAUGAUGGAUGUUAACAUGGUUGGUGGAAUAACUAUACGGAUUAUUGGAGCUUCAUUAUCGCUAGUCAUUCUCCUCGCUUCUGUGAACAUGUCACGCUCCACUCCACAGACGAUCGAUGAUCCUAUAUUUGAUAUUGUGGAUGCGCCGGAUUACGUUAAUUUCGAUCAGGGACCUUCAUGUGAAGAGAGAAGUAAGUGUGAGACAAGUGACAGUAGUGGCUUCCGUAAUGAUACGGCAGCGUUUCUCCAAAGAAACUGUUAUUGUGAUAAAUGGUGUGCCGUUUACGGGGAUUGCUGCAAAUCAGCGGACAUUGAAUCACUUGCACAACAAUUCCCAGCUGGUGUUCAGCUACCCUUACCUAAAGAGAUUUUUACCUGUGCAAGGAUGCCAGAUAUCCCGGAUGUUGGUACAAAUCAUGUGUAUGUUAUAGGGAAAUGCCCGCGACAUUUCAGACGAGACAAUCCUACUGCAGCAGCAAAAUGCGAAUCCAAAGACGAUAAAGAUCCCGAACAUACGGUUCCGGUAUCUGGUAAACAAAAUGGCUUUUUGUACAAAAACGUAUUUUGUGCAAUGUGCAAUGGGCUUGAACAAUCGGACAUAUCAUUCUGGCAAGCCUCGAUUGAUUGCGAUGAAUUGAAAGAAUAUAAAAACCGUACGUUACAUGAUAUUAUAGAACAGAACAAAGGGACGUGCUUUUUCACUUACACACACUCCGAAUACUCAUUUACAUUUUGUAAGCGAGCCAUAAGUAAAUGUGCCAAAGGAAUUGACAGAAAAUUGAAAAAGAAAUGCCAGAAGAAACCCAUAUCUUAUACGUAUGCUAAAGACACGUCGUGGUUCUACAAAGUGUACAAAAAUGAACAUUGCGCGUUGUGCAACAACGAAGAGCUAAAUAACACACGAUGUCAAGACCCUGAUUCCAUUGGUAUUAUUGGAUUUCCUUUUGGCGAAGGCCAUGAGAGCGAAGAUCCUUUAUCAUCCUUCCCGUUUUCAAUCCUCCUGGAUCUGAACUCCGGAGGUGGUAUGUUUUCAUCGGCAGUCGGAUCAGUAACAGGGGAGAUCACUAAGGAAAGGGUUGAAUACAAAUCAUGCCCCAAUAAUGAGGUCUACAAUCUGUUCACGGAGUCUUGUAAGGAAGUUGUGUGCUAUCCAGGGUUUGUACUUGAAAAUGGCCUAUGCGUACGCCAACUAGAAGACAAUGUACUCGAACUUAUGACUACAGAGAGUGCAAGCUCGACUACUCCUUUAUCAACUACCGCAAAUGACGCUACAACAGCAAGUUCCACAAAACCACCAACCACCACUCAAAAUCUCAUUAUUAUUGAAAGUGACCUAAAAACAUCUUCGGUGAUGCUGGAUAGCAAUUACAACGAUGAUACCCCUAGUAUUGAUAUCAAUGAACCUAGGGAUUAUGACGUGACAACCACCAGAAAACCGCGGAGGAAUCGACCAAAGAACCGCAAAGACCGCACAAAUAAGCACAAAGCUGAACGCCCAACAGAAGAUGCCAGAAUUGAUAGGAGAGUGAACUAUAGUCUCCCGGAUGAUUGUCCUAAACUUCCCUUUAAUGACACAGAAUACAUUAGGUUCCCAAACCAGACUAUAUAUAUCUAUGCAAUGGAAUCAUUUUACUCUACAGGGGAAUAUGACCUCUUCGGUGGAUUGGUUUUCAUAUGUAGCGAGCUAACUCAGAAUUUCUCAAUCAGGCAAAAUGUUACUGUUUACAUGGCAAUGUUUAAAUUCUCACCCGUACAGGAUUACGUUUCUAUGGGAGGCCUGAUAAUCUCACUAAUAGCUCUAUUCAUAUUUUUCUUGAUAUACCUCCUAGUUCCCCCGCUGAGAAACGUACCAGGGCAAUGUUUGAUGUGCCUUGUAUUUUCACUCUUCAUCGCCCAGUUACUCUUCUUAGUAGGCGUUGGACGCACAGAUAUAUGGGAAGUCUGCUACUCAAUAGCCGUCGCUAUGCAUUAUUUCUUCCUGGCUUCAUUCUUCUGGACCAACGUCCUUGCAUUUGACAUUUGUAUGGCCUUUUCUGGGAAGGGCCUACAACCAGCACACAGCACCUCUGGCACUUGCAGAUUCGCGCUCUACUCGCUUUAUGCAUGGCUAUCCCCGGCUGUAAUUGUUGGUACAGCAGUGACAUUAGACUUUUUCGUUGAUACAACAUGGCGGCCCAAUUACGCGGACAAUGUCUGUUGGAUCACAUACAGACCUGGACUUUUAGUUUUCUUUGCAGCACCUCUAGCAGCCUUGGUGUUCAUAAACAUUAUCCUCUACUGCGUGACUAGUUGCCAUAUCUACCAGACAAUGAAGGCUACGAGGAAAGUAAUAAAAUCAUCAAAUAAAAGAGACUUUAUUUUAUACGUAAAAUUGUGCCUAAUUAUGGGCUUGACUUGGCUAUUUGGAUUCCUAGCUACCCUUGUACAACUUGAAUUCAUGUGGUAUGUGUUCAUCGUGUUUAAUACGCUACAAGGACUUUUUCUAUGUCUCGCUUUUACAUGCACAAAAACUGUUUGCCGCCAUCUUUGUAAUUGCUGCGGCGAAGGAAAAGGUGGAAAGCAAUCUUCAAAUGGGAGUACAAAGAUGGUUGUUAUUUCCACAGAAACAGCACUUUAGUGAGAAUUUACAUCUAGUGCUUAUUUGUAUAUUUGUAAUGAAAUGAUGUGCACAGUGUCAAUGAUUUUCGAUCAUUAUUGAAGAGACGCAAAUCCAAGAAAUCAAAAGUUCGUGAAAGCUGUGUCAUUGAUUAAAAUGGUAAUUCACUUGUCGUUUAGAAUUGGCGACCGAGGUUCCAGUAAGCAAGCCUACAUCACAUUAAGGGAUGUACUAACCACUCUCCAAUGUAUGCCUCCAGAUUCCACGACGAAUAUGCUCGACAAUUCGACAUAAUCUUUUUUGUCUGAUGAUUAUUCUAGUCAACAGUCAUCGAAUUAAAGUCAUACAAGUGUAAAUCCAGUAAAAGGCAUUAACGUGCAAAAUCUCACCACCUGCCUUUGUAAAAGACGCCGACCGCUGUUACAAACGCCGAACACCAUCCUCAAAA